ACCUUUUCUCCUGUAGGCUCUUUCACCAGUACCGUCGAGGUGCGUGAGCACUGUAAUGGUUAGGGGGUUUUCUUUCAUUUAACCCAAAUUAGCACUAGUCAACCGCGCACCACCCGGCUGUGGUUCAUCAAUUAUUCCGUAUAAUUGCAAAGCUUGAAGCGGUUUCAAUACCAGUAGCUUUCGGUGUUUCAGUGCACAUCAUGCCGGCCCUUUACCUGAACCUCACACCUGAUAACAGUCCGCCUAGCUCCCCAGUAAGCGAUGACAGCACGAAGCGACUCUCUUGGGGCAAGCUGGUACAGAAACUGACGGAUUUCAGCGCAACUAAUGGCCUGCAAUCCGAUACAAACUCCUUCACUCACUCCGAAACGCACAGUCUGGAUCAAGACUCGCUAUCAGACUCGGAUUUCUUCAGUGAUCCCCUGGAGGAAAGCUUGUGUUCUCACGUUGUGGCAGUUAUUGAACGCACCCUUACGGAAGCAAAAGACAGUGCACUGGGAUGCUCCAAACUUCUUAUACCAGACCACCUUAUGGAGCACAUUGGUCAAGAGUUACUUCACCUGGCAGCUAGUGAACCCUGUGGUUUGAGAGGAGCACUUAUUGACUUGUAUGUGGAACAUGCCAAUGUCUGUCAGACUGUUGAACAGAUCUCUGUAGAUCCUGACUUGGUGCCUACAUUUCAGCUCACUUUGGUGUUAAGGCUGGAGUCUGGGGGGUUUUGGCCAAGAAUUCAAGAUCUCUUCACUCCCAAAUCGUUUUCUGCCCCAGGUCUAAAGCAUGCACUAAGACUUAGCACUGGGUUUAGGGUAAUCAAAAGGAAGCUGUACAGCUCAGAAGAAUUAUUAAUUGAAGAGUGCUGAAGUGGGACAUCUGUGAUGUCUGAAUGGAAUCCACACAUAAAAGGGUUGGCCGUGUACAGCGAUAAACCAGAAGGCCUGGUCACAUAGGGAGACGGACAGGCCAGCAUUUGUCAUGACAAUCGCAUGCCCCAACAUAUUCAGCCAGCAUGUGAGGAUUCAUGCAAGUGUCUUGCCAACUGUUAAACUGGCCUUCAAAGAAAGGACUGAGAGUGUUUAAACAGCUGGUCUGUUUGGAGCAAAAGUAUUUUUACCUCAAGAAAAUUUUGAAAGCUUACUUUGACCCUAAGUGGCAGCUAUGAUUUUUAAGAAAAAAGGCAUAUUACUUCUAAUGGUAAAGACUGUUUUUUAGUGAUGACAUUAAAACGAGUUGAUUAUCUUCAAGUAACAAAUGUAGCCAUGUGUCCCCCAUUGUAAAAUAACCAUGCACUGUGCACAAGUUAGUGCUUUAUUAUGUUGAAGGGAGGUGGGGAUAAUUGUGCUUCCAAAUAAUUCUAGAAAGAAUUAAUGCCAAUAAUGUUGAAUUUUAUGCAACCUUUAGUUAAGUUUGUAUGGAAAAAAAUGGACCAAGUGGCACUUGGUCACAAGCUUAUUUAUUUGAUAUUCAAAUAUAGUACUGUACCUGAAUUGCACUAUGUUUUGUACCUUUUAAAGGAAAACUGAAAAAUAAAAAAAAAAAA